GUCAUAUUGAAGUGCUAUAGUUUGGGAGCAAAGGAUGGCGUUUUUAACUGCCUGAACUUUGAUCGUGGGAUAAACAGUUAUACCCGUUGUACUAUAUGUGGUAUUCCAGAAGACAAAAUAUUCAGAUUUUGUUAAUGACUAUUAUCCGUUUAUAUAAUGAAAAUGAUUUGACCCAGCUCAUGUUUAUAUUUUAUGGCAGUAUUCACUAAACGGCGCAAUAGAAGAGUGCAAAGGAAAAAGGUUGUGUCUCUGUUACUAAGAGCUUCAAGGACGGUCUGCACACCAACUGUUCGGUGUUUUGCUGCUGCGAGCAUUUGGCUUCAACUUGUUUUUAAAGUUUCUCUUUUCAAAUCUCUGGUCAUGUUAUCCUUGCUAGCAAGGAAGAGUGCCACCUUAUACAAUCAGCAUCUUCUCUCUAGGACAUUCAAUCUCUGCUUCAAGACCCUCUCCACCUUUCCUACCAAAGACGUUGACGCAGCCUCGAGUUCUGCUUCCGUGUCACCUUCUGAAUACUCUACCAGCCUCCAUCUUUCUCCAAUUUUCUCCGACUUUAAUCAUCCCUCAACUGGGUUUGAUGUUGAAGUUGUGGAUCAUGAUACUUGGGGUGUCUCAUCUGGGGUGGCACAAGCCUGGAGGGGACCUGCAUCAAGAGCUACUUCUUUUGGUUCCCAAGAGACCGAUGAAGCCAUUGAUGAUCAUGUUGAGGGUGAACUAGAUUUUGAGGAGAUAGAUAACAUGAGAGUUCGUGGGAAUCUGUUUUAUAAGCUUGAGCGCAGCUCCAAGGAGUUUGAAGAGUAUAAUUUCGAUUUUCACAGGAAGAAAUCUUCCAAGAAAAAAGAGGAGGUGAAGAAAGCUACAACAACUCCAAAUUUGGUUUCCAAAGAUCACAAGGUUCCCAGAGUCGAUGAAUUGGCAAGAAGAAAAAGUGCUGUGCCCCGUGUGGACGAAAUCAAUGAUGGGCUUAGUGUGAACAAGAGGCAGAGGACUCCCACGUUUAACCAGCUUACAGGUCCUUACCACGAACCAUUUUGCCUGGACAUUUUCAUAUCAAAAGCCUCUGUUCGUGCUUGCGUUGUUCACAGGGUAACAAGCAAGGUUGUUUCUGUGGCACAUUCCAUUUCCAAGGACAUCAAGUUUGACCUGGGUUCUACCAAGAACAAAACCACUUGUGCCGCAGUGGGGGCAAUUCUCGCUCAAAGAGCGUUGGGUGAUGAUAUCCAUGACGUGAUUUACACUCCAAGGAAAGGAGAAAGGGUGGAGGGAAAGCUUCAGAUUGUUCUUCAGUCCAUCAUUGACAAUGGCAUCAACGUUAAGGUAAAGAUUAAGCAGAGACCCAAGAAACCAUUCAACCGCAUCACCUGAUGUGUGCAUUUUAUUCGGCAAUAUAUAUAUAUAUAUAUAUAUAUAUAUAUAUAUAUAUAUAUAUAUAUAUAUAUAUAUAUAUAUAUAUAUAUAUAUAUAUAUAUAUGGAAGGGGAUAUAGAUCCUUUUACUUGUCACCAUAUUUGAUGUUGAGAGAAAUCGUCAACAAAUGUGCGACUGCAGUUGUGAUCAUGGUGACCUCAAUACUUUUGAUGUUUUGACCGUGUAUUGACAGUUUUUUAAAACCUUGGUAAGGUUAGCCUAGGUAGGGUUUGAAUGAUUAGGUAAAUGUGAACUUCUACAAC